GUUUUCCCUCUCGUCAGCUGAUCCGACUGAAGUGAACGGAAAUGAAGAACCUGCGGCGUGUGCAGCGAUGUCGCGUCGUGAGUUGACAGCAGUCGACGAGCCUCCCCGCGGGCUUCCAUCGAUCUGAUAUCGGUAGUUGCAUCGAUUGGUUAACCGUAAAGAAUGAAAGUUAUCAGCGGCCCCCCCUUCCGCACAAGCUGUUAGCUGUGUGCCGCUGUUAGCUAGCGGUUUUUUACCGAGGCAACGAGCCGCCGGUGAUGAUGGUCCGGAGUGGUUCAUUGUAACGAAGGAGAAGCUGCGAUGGAAGACUGCGAUGGGGACGACUCCAUGGAGACACCUGAUCUUCCCCUGGAGAUCAUAGUUUACAUCCUUGGCUUUCUUCACACAUCAGACAGGAAGGAAGCCUCGCUGGUCAGCCGCAGUUGGUACUAUGCAAGCCAGGACCUUCGCUUUCAGAAAAAUGUCACCUUCUCCUUUCCGGCUUCGGCCUCGUCCCUGGAGCUGAUCAAGGGUCUGGGCAGAAAGUCCCGCUGCAGUCUUAUAAUCAGCCAGCUCGAUGGGUUCAGUAUGUCCAGAUCACUGCUUCUGGAGGUGGGUCUGUGCUUGGGCUCCAAGUUGGAGAGCUUGUCCCUGCCUGGAAGCAGUAUAACAGAAGCCUCUCUGCUUGCACUCCUCCCCCGCCUCACCUCCCUCCGCAGGCUGGACCUCAGCGGCCUGGACAGCCUCUUCAUGUCCGGCGCGUUCCUCUCGAGGGAGGAGCACCGACAGCAGGUCAGGUCGGCUCUGUCCGGUCUGGAGGAGCUGGACCUGUCCGACCUGCGGUACCUCUCCGACGUCACCUUCAAUCGGCUCACCGGCUGUACCCCUCGCCUCCGCCGCCUCUCGCUGGCCGGCUGCCACAUCGCCUUCGAGUUCGACCCGUACCGAGGCUGCCCCGUGGGGGACGUUAAGGACUCCUCAGCGUUGCUGUCGCUGAGGAACCUCCGGAGGUUGUUAACGGAGCAGAAAUCCACCCUUGUUGCUCUGGACCUCAGCAGAACCUCGAUUACCCCCGAGUCACUACGCACUAUAGCUCAGGUCCAGGGUUUGUUCUUAGAGGAACUGAGUCUGCACGGCUGUAAGGAGCUCACGGAUUACUCCGUGGAGGUUCUGGUGAAGCACCAGCCGAGCAUCCAGAGACUGGACAUCAGUGCCUGCACGGAGCUGACCAGCAGGUCCGUAGAGGCCACAGCGCGGGGCCUCGAGUCGAUGACUCGGCUCUCCUUGUCCCGCAAUUGGAGGAUCACUGAAAAAGGCCUCGCCGAGCUGUUGUCCGUGUCGUCCCUGAGAAGGCUGGAUCUGUCCGAGUGCCUGCAUGUCAGCGGGACCGAGAUCGUCAAAGGCCUGACGGGAUCGUGUGCUGCCAGAGCACAGCUGGAGGCGCUCAGCCUCAAGGGCUGCACCUACAUCAGGGAUCUCGCGGUCUUUUCUCUGACUCAGCUUCUGGGGGAGUCCCUCCGCGAGCUCGACCUGACGUCGUGCGUCAACGUGACGGACCUGUCCGUGCGCGCCAUCGCCACGUACCUUCAGAAGCUGGUGGUCCUGCGGCUCGGCUGGUGCAAAGAAGUCACGGACUGGGGACUGCUCGGCAUCGUGGAAGCGGCCCAAUGUGAGCCCGACCAGGAGACGGGAGACAAGGGUCCGAGGUUUACCCGGACCUUCGGCAACAUGGGCUUCUUCAAGCCCCCGCGUUUGGCGUUUGAGGAGCGGCCCAAGCUGGUGACCCAGAACGACCUGCAGCAGUUCCGACAGCAGGCUGGCGCGUCCCUUCUGGCUCUCUGCAGGCUGCAGGAGCUGGACCUCUCGGCCUGCCCCAAGCUCACCGACAGCAGCGUCACGCAGGUGGUGCGUUACCCGAACCUUCGCCGCCUGUCGCUCUCCAUGCUGCCGGAGAUCUCUGACGCCAGCUUGGCCUCGGUCGCCCGGCACUGCCGCAGCCUCACCAGCCUGGCCCUCAGCCACUGCCCGGGGGUCAGUGACCUCGGGGUGGCGCAAGCCGCGCCUUACCUGCGCCGGCUGCAGCACCUCCACCUGUCCGGUUGCAACAACAUCACUGACAGGUCUUUGUUCCUCCUGGUGCAGCACUGUGGCCGCCUGCGAACGCUCGACAUCUCGAGGUGCAAAAACAUUUCGGUAACAGCUGUCGACGUCCUUCAAUCUCAGCUGCAUUUCUUCGAAAAUGUAAACUACAAAUAUAUAGGUGGGGCUGAUCCCUCCCUCUGUCCCACUGACUGAUUGAAUGUCCUCUGCUGGACGACUGCCAGGAGAUAACGUCACUUUCAGACCAAAGCUCGCGCUGCGGGUUUGGCUCUGUCCCAGUUUAGCACUUUGCCCACAAACCAAAGGAAAUGUUGAAAUAGUGGGCCAAUCUUGUCAGGCUCCUCGGGGUGAGACCGAGGCCACGUGAGUGACACUAAUGUGGGAGGUUACUUCUGCUGCCUGUACGGGUAACAUUGCACAUGUUUUGCGUAAUGCGUGGAUUCAAACGAAAAGAAUGCGAAGACAAAUUAUAUAAAGGACCGAAAAUGCUCAUUUUAUGUGGCGCAUCAUCACAGGGGGCCCAGUUCUCAUACCAGUACGUUUACAAUUACCUGUUGAAACCAAAACAAAACCAUGGAGGUAACUAAGAAAGUAGCACCACAAACAUCUCCGUGUAGUGAGAAUGUGAUUUUGUUGUCUUGUACGAUGUCGUCCAAACUAGACUCUGCUCAUCGUUUUUAAUUGAAAUGAAAUAACAAGCUGCUUUUUGAUAUGCUUCAAGGUAAACAGUAAAGAGAAAAAUGUUAUUAUUUAUUUAAUUAUUUCUGAUCCAAAAUUGCUAAAUGAGCUGCUGACUUUGCUUUAGAGCUUAAUAUGAGUAAAUGUAUGGUUUUCAAUAAAGGAAAGUAAGACUUAAUUCUUGUAUAGUAUUGGUGAAAUACUCCUAAUAACUUGUUUUAGUGAUUUAUUUUUAUUUCGUAACCACAUAAGAGGAGAUUUGUAUUUUUCUAACAAGGACAGUUCUAAGGUAGAAGUAAAGAUUGAUAUGAAGUCAAAUAGUUGUCCUAAAAUAGUUUUGUGUAAUUCUUAAUCUAUUGAUUGGAUUAGUUCAAUUGUGCUCUCAUUGUGCACUGACAUUUAUGAUGAUGAUAUGUAUGAUGUCAGCGCUCAUCACAAUCAUUAUGAAAAGGAGGAGGAAAGGAAUUGACCAUCACCACUUUUAAAGAUUUUGAACAGAAUUUAGAUAUUUUUUCAGUUCUGUAUUCUCCAUUUAUUCUUUAUUUAAUUUCCUAAAAAACUUACGUCUAAACAGAUACGUUUGAAAUUGAAUCCAAACAUGUAUUUAUUGGGCAAGACUGACUAUACUAAGAUAUUUCAUUUUUGUUUUUUUAAUCCCGUGAUUGCAUUUUUCCAAUUUUCUGUCCGCCUGGUCUCCUUUUUUAAUAAUAAACAUAAACUCAAUACUAAUGCGCAAUCAUGUUCGUGACCUUCUAUUUUUCCCGAGACAAACGGCUCUAGCAUAACAUGUGCGCUACAGUGAUGCAAUAUCAAUGUAUAACAUGAAUAUAAAAGAAACACAAACUGAAUCUGAAUCUCAGAAAUUUGGGCUUUUGAAAUGUCUUCUUCCUUGAUGGUUAUUGAUAAAAUAAACAUUUUAUAUACCUAAACAUA